AUGGACUACAACAGGCGGAGCCUGAAAGAGAACCACAUUUGUCUCCUGGGCUCCAAGGACCCGAAGAUCCAGCUGUGUGACAUGAAGUCUGGUUCAAAGAUCCACGUUCUUCAGGGACACAGACAAGAGGUCCUGGCCGUGCGCUGGUCCCCGAGAUAUGAACACAUUCUGGCCAGUGCGAGUGCAGACAGUAAGGUGAAGUUCUGGGAUGUGCGUCGAGCGUCUAGUUGUCUGUUUACUCUGGACCAACACAACGGAGACAAAUCCAAAUCCUCCACAGAAGCAGUGAACACCGCACACAAUGGCAGAGUGAAUGGUUUGUGUUUUAGUGCAGAUGGUCUCUUUCUUCUGACGACUGGAACUGACGACCGCAUGAGGCUCUGGACCAGCAGCACCGGAGACAACACUCUGGUGAACUAUGGUAAAGUGUUUAACGACAGCCGUAAGCGUGUGCAGCUGUGUGUGUCUCGCGGCUGUAGUCCAGAGCUGGUCUUCGUACCAUGUGGGAGCGCGGUGGGCGUCUAUGGUCUUCACUCUGGACAGAUGCUCACGGCUCUGAGGGGACACUACAACAAUGUGGACUGCUGCGACUACCACCCCGACCACCAGGAGUUGUACAGCGGCGGCAAAGACUGCAACAUUCUGGCCUGGGUUCCAGCUCUGCGAGAACCAGACGUGGAAGAGGAGACAGAGAGCUCCAAGAAGAAUUCUGCUGCCACUGUGUCCAACCCGGCUUUCCAAGACGCCUGGAGCAGUGACGAGGACUGA